AUUGUAGGCAUUUUGGGUGGCUCAGAGGCAGACACUGCCGACUACUUCCUUGUGGAAGAGAAAAACUCUCUUUCCAAAGACAAGAAUGAGUGUAAGAAACAGCCACUCCAGAGGGUCAUUAGUCCAGAGGAAGAGAUCCUGAAAAUUCCACAGUGUUGGUUCCCAGAGGAAGGACUGGUCGGAAAAAUUGUCUUCAAAAGCAAAGAGGAGGAGCUGAACCAAAGGAACACCAUGUACGAGGAACGUGACGAUUUGAGCUGCAAUAACCUUCCAACAGAAGCUGACAGUUUCUUGGUUCAGGUGCAUGAUGUGUCCCCAGAGCAGCCACGGACUGUCAUCAGAGCGUCAAAGUUCAGCACAGCCCAGGAUAUCAUACUACAGGCAUUAAGUAAAGCCAAGUAUUCCUACAGCAUCCUGAGCAACCCAAAUCCCAGUGAUUAUGUCCUUGUUGAGGAAGUCACCAAAGAGCCAUUAAACAAGAAAUCGUCAAUGGCAAAACCUGCUCUUCGAAUCCUUUCUGAGAAUGAGAGUGUGUUUGUAGCUCAGAGCAGGUGGAAAGGAGCAGGAAAAUUCAUCCUCAAGCUCAAAGAGCAAGUUCAGGUAAGCAGGCAUCAACACUUGAUGCCGAAAAGGUUAUUAUAUCACAACCAAUGA